CAGUUUUUGGCUUCACAAGAAUUUACUCUUCGUUUUAGGCACACACAGAGUGUCCUAAUCCCCUUUUUUGGCUGGUGGAGCCUUGUCAGAACUCUUUAGGAGGGAAAUGCGUCGUUCUUCCUUGAUCCCAGGGCAGAGUCAAAAUGAAAAUCAGACUUAAACGGCCCAACCUCCUUCACGUCGCCUCCGACUCCUCAUUCAAAGGGGUACUUUGGCGGCAGGUGGAGUUAUAAUUAUAGACUAGAAAUAAGCAACAUCAGCAGCUGUUGCUUCUGUUUGUUGCUGGCUGUCACUGUCAUCAGGGGGCAAAUUGGCAUAAACAGACCUCCACCCGGGGGAAAAACAUUUACCCCUGUGCUCGUCACACUCUGGGUCCCCUCGGUGGCCAGAGAACAGGAAGAAAAUCCCUGCAAGAGCAAAGGGUGAACCCGAGACUGCCACCUGAUCUGCCGGCACCUCUGUGGGGAGCCUCAAGACUCUCCUUCCUGCGGGGACUCCAGACCAGACAAACAGAAAAAACUACCCACGAUGACUGUCACUUACUCCAGUAAAGUAGCAAAUGCGACUUUUUUUGGAUUUCAUAGGUUGCUCUGCAAGUGGAGAGGCAGCAUCUACAAACUGCUGUACAGGGAAUUCCUUGUUUUUGCUGGGUUUUACACAGCAAUAAGUCUGGUGUACAGAUUGUUACUUACAGGAGCCCAAAAACGUUACUUUGAAAAAUUAUCAAUUUACUGUGACAGAUAUGCUGAGCAAAUUCCAGUAACCUUUGUGCUUGGGUUUUAUGUCACUCUGGUAGUGAACCGGUGGUGGAACCAGUUUGUGAACCUGCCCUGGCCCGACAGGCUGAUGCUCCUCAUCUCCAGCAGCGUCCACGGGAGGGACGAGCACGGGCGUCUGCUCAGGAGGACGCUGAUGCGCUAUGUCAACCUCACAUCCCUGCUCAUCUUCCGCUCCGUGAGCACGGCUGUGUACAAACGGUUCCCGACGAUGGACCACGUGGUUGAAGCAGGUUUUAUGACAGCAGACGAAAGAAAAUUAUUCGACCACCUCAAAUCUCCUCAUCUGAAAUACUGGGUUCCGUUCAUCUGGUUUGGAAAUCUCGCAGCUAAAGCCCGGAAGGAAGGCAGAAUCAGAGACAGUGUUGAUCUGCAGUCACUGAUGACGGAAAUGAACCGCUAUCGCUCCUGGUGCAGCCUCUUAUUCGGCUAUGACUGGGUCGGGAUCCCGCUGGUCUACACCCAGGUUGUCACUCUGGCCGUCUACACCUUCUUCUUUGCGUGCCUGAUUGGACGCCAGUUUCUGGACCCCACCAAAGGCUACGCGGGGCAUGACUUAGAUCUGUACGUUCCGGUCUUCACGCUCCUCCAGUUCUUCUUCUACGCAGGGUGGCUCAAGGUGGCUGAGCAGCUCAUCAACCCUUUUGGAGAAGAUGACGAUGAUUUUGAAACUAACUGGUGCAUUGACAGAAAUCUGCAGGUCUCUCUUCUGGCUGUGGACGAAAUGCACAUGAGCUUACCCAAGAUGAAGAGGGACAUUUACUGGGACGACUCUGCCGCUCGCCCACCUUACACACUGGCGGCUGCCGACUACUGCAUACCCUCGUUUCUGGGGUCCACAGUCCAAAUGGGGCUGUCGGGGUCCGCCAUUCCCAGUGAGGAGUGGCUCUGGGACUACGAGAAGCCGGGCCACCGCCGCUCAGUCAUCAGGAGAGUCAAGAGGUUCCUGAGUACCCACGAGCACCCCUCCAGUCCCCAGAGGACGCGCUACGGGAGGCAGGCCAGCGACAGCUCCAUGUUCCUCCCCCCCAGCGACCUCAGCCCAACCCGGGACCUGCUGGACAUGCCCUCCAGAAGCCGCCACCGCAGCCCAGCCACCCGGAAGCAAUCCUGCUCCCCAGAGGGGAGCCCCAAGCUGCGCUGCAGCCUGGGGGAACUGCCCACCAUCGGGGAGACCAGCGGGACUAGCACCGCACAGAGCCUGACCCCGCAGUCCACGGUGAGGCCCUCCCCCACCAAGAUGCCCCCGGUCCCUGAGGUCCUGGUCGCCGUGCCAGGGCCCAUGGCCGAGGGCCACCACCACGACUCCACCACCUCCAUCAGGAGCUCUGACUUCACGGGGGUUCAGCCAAGCGGGCCAGGGCAGCAGGAGGACCCUGUGGGACAGUCCCUGUCCUCCUCAGAGAAGGGGACGCCUCCUGGAGGCCCCAGUCCCCAGGCUGUUUCAGCCAGAGCUGAGAGAAACAUCCCCGAGUUUGCCUCUGAGGAAGCUGCUGGCGAGAAGGAGCAGCUCCUGAAGAGGUGGAGCCUGCCGGAGAGCCUGCAGCCAGAGCCCAUGGGCCCUGAGCUGGCUCUUUUAAUAGACACAGAGACGUCCUCAGAGACCAGUGGCAUCAACGUGGCGGCUGGCCCCCAGGUGUCCCCUGAUGUGCUGUAUUUAGUGGAAAACCUGGACACCAAGGAAACAGAUAUCAUAGAAUUUAACGACGAGCCGAUGGAGGGAUCACCCAAAGGAAUGCCAGAAAGUUCCAGGACCUGGUUCUAGCCCGGCUCCUUACUUCCCAAAGUUUAGCAUUAGUUCCGGACGUACCUGGGGGCUGGCCAGUUUCUAAGAGACUGUCACACUGUAUAAGCUACCGAAGACUCUGAAAGGCAUUAUGAUCCUGACUUUUUGAGAACUGGGAAAACCAAGCGCAUUCACGCCAUCCCUCACCAUGUGGCUUUCAGGGAAAUUACGCGGACCACAUGGGUGCAUCCUAACCAAAUAAGAGGUCUUAACAAUACGCGUAAAUGACUUAUAAGUUCACAGGCUGUCGGCCUUGGAGAGGGCCAGUAGAUCACGGUCCAACCCCCCGGUUUUGCCGCUAGGGAGACAAAGGAUUCCCUACUUCGAGCACUUGUUUUCUUCCUUUCUUCACUUAUAAAGACAGGGCAACGGAUCGCAUAACACCUCAAACGCCGCUCCUUCAUUACGCCUCUUCUUUGGAGGCUUUCUGACCAUUUCACUCCCACUUUCUAAACGAUCAUCACUUCCUAAUUCCUGAGCCUGCUCGGCGUCUGAAAGCUUCAUCCCUCUCAGUCUCCUUUCCGACUUCCAGGACUUCUCGUCCCUCUGCCCUUUAUUCCCUCACCCUCUGUUCGCCCUGGUCUCUGGUGACGCUGACCUGUCCCACCUCUGAGUGAUAAUAUUCUCUCUUGGCAGAUCUACUGCUCACUUCUGGCCGUGGUUUUCGUGGUAGGAGGCAUGGGAAAGCCUCCAACAGAACAAUCAAGGAUGUUGACAGACCCGCCUGACACCUUCCAGCCACUCUGUGGGAGAAUGCGGGAGGAUGCGGCAGGGUUGAGGAGGGUUUGGGAGGGUGCAGGAGGGCAGAGGAGGAUGCAGGAGCAUGGAGGAGGGUGUGGGAGUCAACAGUACCCCACUCACCCUAGCAGCCACAGGCAGUGAUUUCUGCAUCCUUUCUUUGGUCGUGAACGUGGGGGGAAACUGAAGCCAAGAGACAUGGACCUGAACAACCAAACACUACAGAACCAAAGGAUAGCAAGGCUCAAACCUGUAAGUAAACACCUAAAGCAAAAUCCCAACCGUGUCACCACGUGGGACCAGUUCUGUGUCUGCGGGGUGUUUGGGCCAGGAUAGGAAAUCAGAGCUGGAAGGUUGAGGGGUCCAGGACUGCACGGUGGGGAUGGGACGCUGACUGGCUCCCUCCAAGGAGCUCCUGGGGGGCUGUUCCUGGGGCUCCCAGCUUGUCUGAAAGGCCAUGUCCCAUGAGUGUUGCUCUCACUGUUUCUGUCAAAUGAUGAAGCUUGAGUCCGCAUGGCUCCAGGAAUAAAAUAACCCUGAGAGCAUCCACUCGCUGGGUGCUCCAUGCGUGACCUCGCCAAUCCUCACGGGAAUCCUGUGAGCUCACACACUAGCCAAUCCAUCUUAAAGAUGGAGGAGACAGGCUUUGAAGAAGCAGGGUAAUGUGACUAAAACCACGUGGCCAGGAAGGGGCAGGGCUGGAUCCAAACCCAGGCUUGUCUGAUGCAGGAGCCCACCCUCUCCAGCGCUCCCUCUCUGUGCCACACAUCUGUAAGGCCCCGAGUCUGCCAGCAAUGUGUGCAGAACUCUGGGGAUGUCCCAAGGGAGCUGUGCCUCAGUCUGUCCAGCCUCAAGGCCCCUCCAGUCCUCCCUGCAUGAGUCCACCUGCGCCUUUGUGCAUUCGCACGGGAGGGCGGGCUCCACCUCGGAGCCCUGCCUGGCUCCUCCUCACCUUUGUGACAGAAGACAGGUGGCAGGACCCCCCUUCCCUCCCUAGCUCCUCCCAAUGUGCAGAGUUACCAUUAGCAAGAUGUCACAUCCCGCCAGGCCACCCAGCUGCAUGGCAGCAGCUACAUUUACUUUAACUGGCUUCUCUCAAAGGACUCAAGGGAAAUCAUAUUAAGAGAAAUGUACACACCAAUAGUCGUCCUGUUGCUCCAUAGUGCUAGCCCCUGGGAAGGCCCCGAUGUUCCUGGAGCCCUGGGCAGAGACUGAUCAGUGAACACGGCCGAGAGGCGGGACCCCCACCGCCCCCGUCACAGCCUCCUAAUGUCCCUGUUUGCUCCUUGGCUCUAUCCACGGCUCAAAUUCAAAUAAGUUUCUACUUAGCUACUUUUGAAAUAUAACCAAUUUUUUUCCCAAAUCCAAGGAGACAGAUUAUGCACAAAUGGAAUCAUAUAUUUUGUGGAGGACUGAGAGCAUGUCCAUUUCUCUCUGCUUCUAUCCAUCCCUUACGCACCUUUGUGCAGAGAAUUAUUUAGUUUCCUCAAUAUUUCAUCACAAUCUUAGGCGGCCUCCAUUUCCUCCUUGAAUGAAAACUGAAUAAUGACUCAUUCACUGAGCCCAGGUGGUUGAAUUCAGCUGCAAGCUCCAGCCAGCAAACGCCUGGAUAAGAUGAAGAAAUUCUCUGUUCGUUCUAAAAUGAGUUUUUACCCAACACAGGCCAAAGUUGCAAAAACAAAAUGACUUCUUCUCAGGGGCCUGAUUUCAUCACCUACCAGCCCAUUUUCUCCUGAGCUCUGGAAAGUUCCACCCCACGCCCCUACCCCAUGAAUGGUCACAUGGCCUGGGGGCCUCGUCUUUCUGGCCCAUUCCAUUCCAAGAACAGGACUCAGCCCUGCAUUGAAUGUCACAGAGUGCAGUGAGGCCAGGCCCUGCUGCCCUCUCCCUGCCCUCCAGGGAGAACCUUCCAGAUGCCCGUGUCCUCUGCCGUGUGGUGUCACGGAAUGACAACAAAACUGGCCUACAAGUUACUCCCUCCAGGUGGCUUUAUGAACUUGAAUGGCCCGUCCUCUGAAUCUCAUACUCUCAUCUGUGAAAUGGGCCCUUCUCUGCACUGUCCCAUAGCCGUUGUGAGGGAGUUUGUAUGCAAAGGCUGGAGCGCCAGCAGCCCUGGGGGAUGGAGGACGUGAGGGGACUGAAGCCCCUGUGGAUUCACCCCCAACUGCAGAGAUAAAGACUUCUCCCUCUGCCCCAGUCAGGACGCCGUGCCCUCCAGGCUUCCAUCCUCUUUCCUUCAGGAAGCUUCCAUUUCUCUUUUGGCUUCUUCUUGUUCUCUCUCACAUGCUCCCAACGUCGCCCAUGUCUUCCCUCUCUCCAGCGUUUUUCAUCCUCCCUUCACUCCCCACAGGGUCCCAGGCCUCGUCACAGGCGGCGAAUUCCUCUCUGACCCACCACGUGUAUCACCCCCUCAGUCAAAACGUGGAGCUGACAAAAAUCGAUUGCUGUGUUCUUUCCACGGUAACUGUG